AUGGCCACCACCAACGGGGCUGUGGAGAACGGGCAGCCGGACAGGAAGGCGCCUGCCCUGCCGCGCCCCGUCCGCAACCUGGAGGUCCAGUUCACCAAGAUAUUCAUCAACAAUGAAUGGAACGAAUCCAAGAGUGGAAAAAAGUUUGCCACGUAUAACCCUUCAACUCUAGAGAAAAUAUGUGAAGUAGAAGAAGGAGAUAAGCCUGACGUGGACAAGGCGGUGGAGGCCGCACAAGCCGCCUUCCAGAGGGGCUCCCCGUGGCGCCGGCUGGACGCCCCGAGCCGCGGCCGGCUGCUGCAGCAGCUGGCGGACCUAGUGGAGAGGGACCGCGCCAUCCUGGCGACCCUGGAAACGAUGGACACAGGGAAGCCAUUCCUUCAUGCCUUUUUCAUCGACCUGGAAGGCUGUAUCAAAACCCUUCGAUACUUUGCUGGGUGGGCAGACAAAAUACAGGGCAGGACCAUCCCCACAGAUGACAACGUCGUGUGUUUCACCAGGCACGAGCCCGUUGGUGUGUGCGGGGCCAUCACUCCUUGGAACUUCCCUCUGCUGAUGCUGGUGUGGAAGCUGGCUCCCGCUCUCUGCUGUGGGAACACUGUGGUCUUGAAGCCGGCGGAGCAGACCCCCCUCACCGCGCUCUACCUGGGCUCUCUGAUCAAAGAGGUGGGAUUCCCUCCAGGCGUGGUGAACAUCGUGCCGGGAUUUGGGCCCACAGUGGGAGCAGCGAUUUCUUCUCACCCUCAGAUCAACAAGAUAGCCUUCACUGGGUCCACUGAGGUUGGGAAGCUGGUCAAAGAGGCGGCCUCCCACAGCAACCUGAAGAGGGUGACGCUGGAGCUUGGCGGGAAGAACCCCUGCAUCGUGUGUGCUGAUGCCGACCUGAGCUUGGCGGUGGAGUGCGCCCAUCAGGGAGUGUUCUUCAACCAAGGCCAGUGCUGCACGGCGGCCUCCAGGGUGUUCGUGGAGGAGCAGGUCUACGACGAGUUUGUCAGGCGGAGCGUGGAGUAUGCCAAGAAGCGGCCGGUUGGAGACCCCUUUGACGUCAGGACCGAACAGGGGCCGCAGAUUGACCAGAAGCAGUUUGACAAAAUCAUCGAUCUGAUCGAGAGUGGAAAGAAGGAGGGAGCCAAGCUGGAAUGUGGGGGCUCUGCCAUGGAGGACAGGGGGCUCUUCAUCAAACCCACUGUCUUCUCAGAAGUUACGGACACCAUGCGGAUCGCUAAAGAGGAGAUUUUUGGACCAGUGCAGCCAAUACUGAAGUUCAAAAAUGUUGAAGAAGUGGUCAAAAGAGCAAACAGCCUUGAAUAUGGACUCACGGCAGCUGUGUUCACAAAAAACCUCGAUAAAGCACUGAAGCUGGCCUCCGCAUUAGAGUCUGGAACUGUCUGGAUCAACUGCUACAAUGCCAUCUAUGCACAGGCUCCGUUUGGUGGCUUCAAAAUGUCGGGGAACGGCAGAGAACUAGGUGAAUAUGCGCUGGCUGAAUACACAGAAGUGAAAACUGUCACCAUCAAACUUGAUGACAAGGAUCCCUGA